AUGGUGACCACAAAUGCGGGAAUGAUGCUGGUGGGCGGCCAGGCCACCUACACAUGCGAGGAUGGAUUCAGUAUGUCUGGUUCUGCAACAGUCACGUGCCAAGCAUCAGGCGAGUGGUCAAAGGAGCCGCUGUGUUAUGUCGUGACAAAACCAUUUGGCGACGCGUGUACGUCAACGUCCCAGUGCGUGACCAGCGCGGCCACGUGUAGGAUGGAAGCUGGCGUCUCCACGUGUCAGUGUGCUCUCACUGGAGAAACGUAUGAACCUCAGAUGGAUGCCUGCCUUAAAGUAUGCCCGACCCUACCAGAAGGCAACCUGCUUUACGGUUCAGUGAUUUUCCCUGAUAUACCGUCUGCCGGUCAGAUUGCCGUGUACUCGUGCGACGCCGGAUAUGCGCUCUCCGGACCCGCCCUCCGCACGUGCCUAACUUCCGGUAUAUGGAGUGGAACUGAACCGGAAUGCACGUUCGGAUGCCCAAUGCCAGACAGCCCGGAGAACGGCUACGUCAACGUGUCAGACGGCAUGGUGGCGGGAAACAAAGUCGUUUACUCGUGCAAGGCGGGGUAUACCCUCGUGGGCGUCAGUGAACGUAUAUGUGAGGACGACUCUACUUGGAGCGGCCUCAUGCCCUCAUGUGCAAAGGAAUGUCCGGAACUGCCGGGGCUAGAACACGGGUACAUCGACAUGUCGGCCGGCACGUGGGAAGGCGCACAGGCCGUGUAUGUUUGCGAGGAGGAUUACGGACUGGUUGGGGAAUCCACUCGCACGUGCCAGUACACGGGGCAAUGGGGAGGCAAAGAGCCGCGCUGCUUAUUUGCAAUUUUCCCCGACAUAAUCCUGGCGUUGGGCAGUCUGUUCAUCUUCCUCGUCCUCGUGGACGUCUUCAUCGUUAUCUUCUACUUCUUCAACAAACACAGACAGGCAAAGGAGGCGGAGUUUGACCGACUCGAGAAGCAGAAAAAGGAGAAAGAGAAUGCUGAUUCUGAUUCCGAUGAUGACAGCUUCAAUAUACCUGCGCCUCGCCCCCAUGUGGGCCCGUACAAUGCGCGGUUCGACAACCGGCCCCGCAUGUACUCUCCCUCACCGUCCGAGGCUUCCUCCACCCACCCGCUACCCAAAAAGACCACCCGCUCCAAGGUGAUCCGAGGCCGCGCAAGUUCCGCUAUUAAAAGCAUUUUCUCCAAGGGCCGGAAGUAUGAGCAGGAUAUUGACGAAAAUGGAGUGACGCCCUACGGUGCUACAGUCUUUCCUCAGCCACCUGACACCACCUAUACAAAUGGGGAUGGCGGCUACCAAACAGCCAACAGCGAAGACCACAACGAAUCUUUGGACUCGUCCUUUGAGGAGAAUCGUAACUGA